AUGUCGCCCCAGGGCACCACUUCCUUCUCCUUGUUGGCGAAGCGCAGCGAAGCAGCGCUGCGCACCAAGCCCGUGGGAGUCAAGGAGCACAUCAUUUGCACUGCGGGGUCCAUGGAUGUCACCUACGAAGGUGGCAGCUUCCACAUCGACGCAGGUGAAGGUCUGCUGCUUCCAGCGCACCUGGCCGUCGACUGCAACUGCGAUGGCUCCUUCGCCAUCAUGGCGAUGACGGCGACGGCGGAUGCGGAAGAGAAGGCAACUGUGGUAAAGAAGGUGGAUGUAGUGGAUGCACCAGGCAUUACCAUCAGCGAGCACUUUGGCAAAGUGGCCUCCAAUGAUGCCGCCAUGUCAUUGGCACGUGCCGUGGUCAAAGGAGCCUGCGAGGAAGCUUUUCAAGCGCCCCUGUUUGAUGAGUUUGUGGUUUGUGAUGAAGGAUCCAUCGAGUUCCUUUUUGGCGACGAUCGCCGACUGACCAUCAGCCCUGGUGAAGGGGUCUUCCUGCCGAAGUCUCUACGUGUGAAAUGGAUCUGGCCCACGGCCACGCAAUACACGGUGCUCUGUUUGCCCGCAUUCAGCCCGGAGCUGUCCGGUCGCGAAGCCGAUGCCGGUGCCACCGUGGCCAAGGAUAGCGCUUCAAUGGCUCGCUUAGAGGCCUUGCACAAAGGCACCUGA